AUGGAAAAGACACCAAAACUAGAAGAUGAAGCACCAAAACCUUCUCCAAGUCCAAUGCUCCAUUCACAGCUUCGCGAGAAGGGGUUCAUCCAAAAUUAUCACUCUCACAGGGGCACAGAGAGCAGAUCUAAUUGCAAUCGUCCAUUGAUACAAAGAGGGUCGAAACAGACUAGCCGUGAUUAA